GUCUCAUAUUUGAAGAGUUUACCGAAAAUGAAAGUCUGGCAUAAAUUUUGAAUAUUUGAAUACCCCAUGAUUACAUGCUAUGGAAGAGGUCAAGAGUGGAAUGGUUUCUUUGCAUGAUGGGAAGUCAAGGCCCCAGCCAAUCAAAUUGCAUCUUACAAAUGAUGCCUUGAUAUUACUGAAGGAGGAACUGGUUCCCAUUUCACAGGAAUCAGGAAACCAAAUGAAAGAUUCGGUUAGAGAAGUUAGUAUCCUAAGAGAAGACAACUCUGGAUUAGGAUUAAGUAUAAAGGGAGGAGCAGACCAUAAUUUACCUCCCCUGAUUUCUAAAUUAUUACCAGACUCACCAGCAGCUAAGACAGAACAGUUGUUUGUUGGAGAUGCAAUCAUGAAAAUAAAUGGAGAGACAUGUGAUAAGAUGACACACAGUGAUGUGAUGACAACUCUAAAGAAUGCUGGAUCUACCGUCACCCUAACUGUUAAAUAUUUUAAACCAGCAGCUCCAUUCUUGAACAAGCAGAUGACACCUGAUAGUCCAAGUUACAACAAUCAAGACAGCAAUAGUCAGUCUAGAGAAAUGUUUCCUGGUUUGGAGAGACAAUGGCGUGUCUAUGUUUCAAUACAGUUAUUGUUUGCCUAUUUGACAAGAUUCUGCCCUGGUACAGAUAAACUAAGAACUAAUGCUUUUGAAGUGAUUGGUGUGGAUGGUUCAUCGACAGGUGUCAUUCAUUGUGAUGACAGUCAUUCAUUAGCUGAUUGGAUCAGAGCAAUAUCCAGUAAUAUUUCAUUUCUCAUUUCAAAAAUGAUAAGGAUGAGUAACAGACUGCUGAUACCAGAAGAACAGAUACUGAUGAUGAAUUGGAUGCAUGAACGAGUUUCACCAUCAUUACACAGACCAGCAUGGAAACCUAAAUUUGUAGCUUUAAAAGGACCAGAUAUUUAUCUCUUUGACUAUCCACCAAUGCAAACCAGAGACUGGGUUAGAUGUGACACAGUGUUCAAAGUUUAUGAAUGUAUGCUGCAGAUUUGUAAGGAUAAGGAAUUAUUAGAUGAUAGACAGCACUGUUGUAAUAUACUGGCUGGAACCGGAGAAAAACUUUACCUCAGUACAGAAAGUCGUGCAGAAUUAUUACACCUUGAGAAGGCUUGGUACAGAACUAAUCAUAGUAGUAUAACUAGAUUAAAGCACAAGACAUUUGGUUGUACAUGGAGAGGAAAUUUAUGUGGACUGACAUUAGAUCUGGACUCAGGAUUUUCUCUGUAUGAUAACAGUACUAAAAACUUUCAAUGGACAUACAGAUUUUCCCAGCUGCGGGGAUCAUCAGAUGAUGGGAAGACACGACUUAAACUCCACUUUAACUGUGAUCCACCUGGUUCUAUUGAAAUAAGGGAAAUAGAAUGUACUGGACUCCACACACUGCUAUACUCAAUGAAUGCUUUCUUGUCAGCCAAACUGGCUUCUGUGGAUCCAACGUUCUUAUCAAGUUAUUAAUUCACACACGGCUAUACUCAAUGAAUGCUUUCUUGUCAGCCAAACAGGCUGCUGUGGAUCCAACGUUCUUAUCAAGUUAUUAAUUCACACACGGCUAUACUCAAUGAAUGCUUUCUUGUCAGCCAAACAGGCUGCUGUGGAUCCAACGUUCUUAUCAAGUUAUUAAUCUACUGCUAUUAAUAUUAUCAAAUUGUGAUGUAAGGGGAUCCAGGAGAAACAAAACUUCCCAUAAUUCAUAGCUUCCUGUUGAUGAGUGCUGUUACAUCUUCCAAUAUAUCUCAUAGAUUGUUAUGUGUGCAGGAUAGUUACAUGUCAUAAUUCAUAGCGUGUUGCAUUUGUAUUCACAUAUGCAGAUGUAUAUCAUUAUCUUACCUCCUAUACAUUUCAAGGAAUAUGAUUGGUUUAAAGCAACCGCGUGAAGACUGUGUAUAUUUCAUAUGGGGUUAGUAGGCGUGGUUUAUUUCAAUACACGUUUAGUAGUGAUGUUACGUCCCUUUGUAAAAACAACACAGUGUUGAGGAAAAAUCUGAAAGGUUUCAACAGAGGAAGAAUUUGAUGAUAAACGAUUGAAAUAAAUGCAGAAAAUACAUUAAAAGCUAACAAGUUGUUAUUGUUGGCAUUUGCUUUUGUAUAGACCAAUAGAAGUAGGUUCUUAAUAUUGAAGACUUGAUCACUUUGAUAGGCCACUAGUCUAAAUGCCACAUGCCAAGAUAGUCGGUAAGAUAAAUUCGUUACACAGUGUGCUAGUGACCUAAUACGAUAUAUAUGGGGUCAGUAAAUUUCAUAUGGGGUUUGAGCUUCGCUUUCACCCCAUAUGGAAUUUACUGACCCCAUAUAUAUACGUAUUAGGUCACUAGCACACUAUGUAACUAAUAAUAUUAGAAUUAAAGGAGGUGCAGGGAAACAUUGAUUGAUUGUUGGUGUUUACCACCACUUUCAUCACUCCUGGCUCUAUCAUGUUUUAAUAGGUGAAGGAAGUUGGAGUACUCAGAGAGAACCACAACAUUCAGCAGGAAACGUAGCAAUCUUAGUCAAUUAAGAUCUGAGUCAAACAUACAGCUGUGAGCAUGGUUUGAAACUAACAAUCUCAGAGUUGACAGGAUAGUUUUCACUGUAGAUGAACUACUUAGACUGGUAGACCACCAUAGCCAAGCAUCGAUGAGAAAAAAACAAAUAAAACAAGUAUAAAAGGAUUAGACAUAUGGUGAAGGACUAGUGCCUCAUGUGGCAAGGUUAAAAUUAUUGAGCCAUAUAAAUAUUAAAAUUGCUAAAAGAAUUAGUUGGUUUCCAGUAUAGCAGGGAUGAUUAAACUGGUUUUGUGAAUACCAAAUCUUACAUACCCAUUUGUUUUUAGAUAAUGGAAGAAACAGUUAUUCUAAGCCAACUUAUUUUAAUGCAUAAUUGUUUUCUGUUAAGUCCUUUCUUGCCAACUUUGUGAUGAGUUAUAUUUGUGAUUUUCUAAUUUUGUUGAUGUAUUCAUAUGGAAAAAGUUUCUGGUUGAGGAUUUUCAAUAUUAUUUAUUUUCUGUGUUAUUUUUCUACUGAAUCACAUAUGUCUUUCAGUGUAUUUAAAGAGUUUAAAAAAAUUGCGAUAUAAUUACUAAUAUAUAUUCUUGACAAUUGGUUUGUGCAGAAAUAAUAAAUGUUUUGAAUAAUAUUUGUACUCUGAAAUAUAGAGUUAAAUUUUAACAUUUUGCUUUUUAUAUUUCAUGAAAAAUAUUUAUGGUAUUUUGAUAUUUUAAUUUUUUAUCUGUUUUUGGGGGUGUUUCCCAUCUUCAAACAUGACAAAUGGUGGUAGCCAUUUUGUAUUUGUAACUUUAGCUAAACCAAUGACUAGAUUAACAGAGUGAAUGUUAUAAAAUUGUUAGCUCUGCUUGUUGCUUUUUUAGUUAAGUUUUGUUUGAAUUGAUAUUUGUAAUACCGUUUAGGGAGUUAUUUUUCGCGGGUGUAAAAUUUCGCGAUUUACAUUUAAUUAGGUAUACAAAAUAAUUUGGCAGUUAUUAUUUUGGCGGAUUCAAAACUUUUAUACAAUACCAUUGCAUUUGCACUUUUAAAUUGGCAGAAUUUAUUUUGGCAAUUUUGUUCUAUCCAUGAACAUAAGCGAAAAUUUACUCUCCGCGAAAAUAACCCGCUAUACAGUAUGUUCAGGUUGCAAUAAGUGUGAUUGACACAAUUUAUAAGUGUAAUGAAUCAGUUUCUGCUAAAGUUAGAGUAGUUUUUUGCUGAUAAUUUGAAUCUCAUACAAAUAUUUAUAUAUAUUUUACUGUAAUCCUACAUUUAUACCCUUGUAUUGUUUUGACAACUAACCCUGCUAAGGUCAUUCUGGAUGCAGCUGUGAGAUAACUUCUCAUACAAAUACUGAUGGUUUGGGGAAUGGACUUUUAUUCUGUUUGUGAGUUAAUUUGACCCAGUUUACACAUAAAAAAACCUCUAAAAAAUGUGUUUAAUGCUAUAAUGAAGUACAUUCUUUAAAGCAUAUUUAUAAAUCUAUAAACUUAUACUCAAAGACAAUCACAGUACAUCCACAUUACUUUUAAAAGAAAAGUAAAAAGUAUAUGUCAUAAGAUAACAACCAAACAACAUAAAAAAAAAAACAAAGACACCCAAAGGUUAAAAUAAUUAUGAUGCUCAAUAAUUAACAGGUAUUUGAAAUCAAUAAAAAAUGAAGUACCUUAAUUGAAACAUCCAAUUUAUUUUAUGUUCAAAAAGACAUGAUUGUCAUACAGGUGGUAAAUGAAAGCCAAAGAAAGUUUUGAUAAUAAGGACUGUUUACUUUCAUAACUUAUAUAAAAAGAAUGUUAAAAUUAAUGUACUUGUUUGAGUUUAUAUUAUUGUUACCUGUAUACUAACUUUAGUAUUGCUUAUUUACAGUAUGUUUAUGUUGUGAACAUGUUGUAAUUCUGUACAAAUCACAAGUUGUACAGACUUUUUGUACAAAUCACAAGUUGUACAGACUUUUUGUACAAAUCACAAGUUGUUCAGACUUUUUGUGCAAGUGACCUAAUACGAUAUAUAUGGGGUCAGUAAAUUUCAUAUGGGGUUCGAGCUUCGCUUUCACCCCAUAUGGAAUUUACUGACCCCAUAUAUAUACGUAUUAGGUCACUAGCACACUAUGUAACUAAUAAUAUUAGAAUUAAAGGAGGUGCAGGGAAACAUUGAUUGAUUGUUGGUGUUUACCACCACUUUCAUCACUCCUGGCUCUAUCAUGUUUUAAUAGGUGAAGGAAGUUGGAGUACUCAGAGAGAACCACAACAUUCAGCAGGAAACGUAGCAAUCUUAGUCAAUUAAGAUCUGAGUCAAACAUACAGCUGUGAGCAUGGUUUGAAACUAACAAUCUCAGAGUUGACAGGAUAGUUUUCACUGUAGAUGAACUACUUAGACUGGUAGACCACCAUAGCCAAGCAUCGAUGAGAAAAAAACAAAUAAAACAAGUAUAAAAGGAUUAGACAUAUGGUGAAGGACUAGUGCCUCAUGUGGCAAGGUUAAAAUUAUUGAGCCAUAUAAAUAUUAAAAUUGCUAAAAGAAUUAGUUGGUUUCCAGUAUAGCAGGGACGGUUAAACUGGUUUUGUGAAUACCAAAUCUUACAUACCCAUUUGUUUUUAGAUAAUGGAAGAAACAGUUAUUCUAAGCCAACUUAUUUUUAUGCAUAAUUGUUUCCUGUUAAGUCCUUUCUUGCCAACUUUGUGAUGAGUUAUAUUUGUGAUUUUCUAAUUUUGUUGAUGUAUUCAUAUGGAAAAAGUUUCUGGUUGAGGAUUUUCAAUAUUAUUUAUUUUCUGUGUUAUUUUUCUACUGAAUCACAUAUGUCUUUCAGUGUAUUUAAAGAGUUUAAAAAAAUUGCGAUAUAAUUACUAAUAUAUAUUCUUGACAAUUGGUUUGUGCAGAAAUAAUAAAUGUUUUGAAUAAUAUUUGUACUCUGAAAUAUAGAGUUAAAUUUUAACAUUUUGCUUUUUAUAUUUCAUGAAAAAUAUUUAUGGUAUUUUGAUAUUUUAAUUUUUUAUCUGUUUUUGGGGGUGUUUCCCAUCUUCAAACAUGACAAAUGGUGGUAGUCAUAUUGUAUUUGUAACUAUAGCUAAACCAAUGACUAGAUUAACAGAGUGAAUGUUAUAAAAUUGUUAGCUCUGCUUGUUGCUUUUUUAGUUAAGUUUUGUUUGAAUUGAUAUUUGUAAUACCGUAUAGGGAGUUAUUUUUCGCGGGUGUAAAAUUUCGCGAUUUACAUUUAAUUAGGUAUACAAAAUAUUUUGGCAGUUAUUAUUUUGGCGGAUUCAAAACUUUUAUACAAUACCAUUGCAUUUGCACUUUUAAAUUGGCAGAAUUUAUUUUGGCGAUUUUUUUCUAUCCGUGAACAUAAGCGAAAAUUUACACUCUGCGAAAAUAACCCGCUAUACAGUAUGUUCAGGUUGCAAUAAGUGUGAUUGACACAAUUUAUAAGUGUAAUGAAUCAGUUUCUGCUAAAGUUAGAGUAGUUUUUUGCUGAUAAUUUGAAUCUCAUACAAAUAUUUAUACAUAUUUUACUGUAAUCCUACAUUUAUACCCUUGUAUUGUUUUGACAACUAACCCUGAUAAGGUCAUUCUGGAUGCAGCUGUGAGAUAACUUCUCAUAUAAAUACUGAUGGUUUGGGGAAUGGACUUUUAUUCUGUUUGUGAGUUAAUUUGACCCAGUUUACACAUAAAAAAACCUCUAAAAAAUGUGUUUAAUGCUAUAAUGAAGUACAUUCUUUAAAGCAUAUUUAUAAAUCUAUAAACUUAUACUCAAAGACAAUCACAGUACAUCCACAUUACUUUUAAAAGAAAAGUAAAAAGUAUAUGUCAUAAGAUAACAACCAAACAACAUAAAAAAAAACAAAGACACCCAAAGGUUAAAAUAAUUAUGAUGCUCAAUAAUUAACAGGUAUUUGAAAUCAAUAAAAAAUGAAGUACCUUAAUUGAAACAUCCAAUUUAUUUUAUGUUCAAAAAGACAUGAUUGUCAUACAGGUGGUAAAUGAAAGCCAAAGAAAGUUUUGAUAAUAAGGACUGUUUACUUUCAUAACUUAUAUAAAAAGAAUGUUAAAAUUAAUGUACUUGUUUGAGUUUAUAUUAUUGUUACCAGUAUACUAACUUUAGUAUUGCUUAUUUACAGUAUGUUUAUGUUAUGAACAGGUUGUAAUUCUGUACAAAUCACAAGUUGUACAGACUUUUUGUACAAAUCACAAGUUGUUUAGACUUUUUGUACAAAUCACAAGUUGUUUAGACUUUUUGUACAAAUGACAAGUUGUGCAGACUUUUUGUACAAAUCACAAGUUGUACAGACUUUUUGUACAAAUCACAAGUUGUUCAGACUUUUUGUACAAAUCACAAGUUGUGCAGACUUUUUGUACAAAUGACAAGUUGUGCAGACUUUUUGUACAAAUCACAAGUUGUACAGACUUUUUGUAAAAAUCACAAGUUGUACAGACUUUUUGUACAAAUCAGCAGUUGUGCAGACUUUUUGUACAAAUCACAAGUUGUGCAGACUUUUUGUACAAAUCACAAGUUGUGCUGACUUUUUGUACAAAUCACAAGUUGUGCAGAUUUUUUUUGUACAAAUCACAAGUUGUACAGACUUUUUGUACACAUCACAAGUUGUACAGUCUUUUUGUGCAAAUCACAAGUUGUACAGACUAUUUGUACGAAUCUCAAAUUGUACAGACUAUUUGUAUAAGUCUGACCCUGACUUUCUGUCUUAAAGAGUGAACAAAAUUGAUGUUUUUAUUAAAAAAAAUGAUAUACUCCAACAUACCAUUCAUCACUGUCCACUUUGACAUAAAGCUGGAAAUGAGGAUACCAGAUUUGGUCAUAAUCUAUUUAUAUUUAUUCUCAGAUUUUAAGUAGCCAAGAUGUCUUUGUAUCAGUUUAACUUUAAAUACAUCAACAAUUUAAUCCUGGAAUCUAUGAUGAGUUUUUUUACAACCACUAGGUCGAUGCCACUGCUGGUUGAUACUUUCUCCCCGAGGGUAUCACAUCUUCUUUUUUUCUGCUUCAUAUUUCACACUUUUGUUUUCAAUCUAGACUGUCUAAAAAUUUGUUUGUAAAUUUUGUUUUAUUGUUAGAACAAUUUGGCCUUUUGUCACCAUGACCAGAAGAUCAUAAAAUUACUAUCUGAAAUACAAAGUAAGUACAAACUUAACGUUGUUUCACUAAAAAGAACUUAUAAAAGACAUACAAACUUUCCCAGCUGGUAUUUGAAGAAUAAACUUUAUUUUACUGAACCAUAAGGUAUUUUCUUUGCAAGAUAUUGUGUUUUUGUCAUAUCUCAAUAAUACUCUUUUUCUAUAAAUUACAUGAAACUGAAAAGAAACUGAAUAGGCAAUUUGUUGAAUUUUGUUUCAUAAUUCCAGUCAUUUUACAAAAUGAAUAGGUAUUUUAAGUCAUUUUAUAUAGUAUAAAAAUUAGAAGAUGUGGUAUGAUUGCCAAUGAGACAAAACUCCACAAGAGACCAAAUGUCACAGAAAUUAACAACUAUAGGUCACCGUACAGCCUUUAACAAUGAGUCAUACAUUUGCAUUUUUAUAUAUUGCCUGUCAAGUUUAGGCAUUUUGUAAAUUGCCUGAAAAUUCAGUCAUUUUACAAAAUGUCAAAAUUAAGAAAAUGCCUGUAACAUAUACCCACUAGCUUGCAGUCAUGUUAAUAUAACAUUGAUAAGCUAAAUGGAAGAAACUGUUUUUGUUUUACCUAAUUAUGUUUAAAGGUUCUCAAAAUACUUAUAAAUUGGUACAUAAAUUCAGUACAAAUAUUACACAUUUUACAAAGUUACAAACAUAACAAAUGAUAUUUAUUUAUAAAUAUAUUGUGUACAAUCAUAUAGUUAAUGCUUUUAUAUGAAGUUUAGCUUUAAAACAGUUUGUUUUAUAAUGUUACUGAUAUUGUUAUUUUAUUUGAUAUAAUGUAUGUUAUGAAUAAAGAUUUACAUGUA